AUCCUUUGCGCAUCUCUGACAUUGUAUGCUUAUUACAUAUUAAUUAUUUUAUAUACUAGUCUAUGGUACUAAUCGUUCAUUGCUCUUAACUAAUAUAGUAUAACUACGGAAAAUUUAAUAUUAAGUUUCCAUUAUUUACGUGUUUACCGCACUUGAUAGAUACAACAGAUUAUCCAAACAAAACUCAAAUAUGGCCAUCAAAGGUUUUACAUUGAUAUUGGUGACUUUUGCAUUUUACAAUGGUUCAUUGGGUGUUAAUGAUUGUACGCUUCCAUGGUUAGUAAAUAACAAUCCUUUCUACAAAACCUUUGAUUCGUUGAAAAAUCGAUGUCCUCCAAUUCUUGGAAAUCCUGAUAAAGAAUACUGUUGUUACAAUACUGAUGGAACAGUUGAAUGUUGUGAUUUUCCUGAAUUUUUAGCAUUUGGGUUAAUUUGUCUCCUUCCAAUUUUGAUAAUUUUAUUAAUAAUUUCCUGUUUUAUCAGCUGCAUUUGUUGUUUAUGUUGCCCAUGCUGCACUGUAUAUAGACGUAGACAAGGUGGCAGGGUACUUGCUGUUGCACCACCAUCUACAGUAAACUAUGUAUUUGUAGAGCACAUUCCACAAGAAUUGUAUAAUAAUCCACAAUAUCUUGCAUCAGCUUCAAUUGAGAGAGCUCCUUUAAUUCAAAAUGAAUAUCCUAAAAGCAAUGCUGGUUUUAUGCACAUGUAAAAGAUUUAAGUGAAACAGUACUGCAAUGAUAUAAUUUCUUUUACUGGCAUGAGUUUUUAAGUACUAAGCUAUAGUAUUUAAAAACAAAAUAUUAUUUUUUUUUAUUUACGUAUUGAUUAUCUUAUUAUGUGUCUAAAUUUUACUAAAAAUGUAUAAAGCAUAUUUUCAUGACAAAGAAUCAGAAUAUAUAAUUGUGAUUUAUAUUUUAUUAUUACAAUAAUAAGCAUAUAACCUAAGUUAUUUAUCAACAUUCUAAAACUAUGUUAAAUAUUAAAAUUGAUGCAUUUUUAUGAUAUGUAAUUGCUGUAAUAUGUUAAUAUUGUUGAAAAUGAAAUUUAUGAAAUAAUUUAUAUUAUUUAUUUGUUUAAUUACUAAGUGUUUUCCAAAUAUUAUAGUUACUAGUUAAUAUAAGACCAUGACCAAAACAUUAAAAAAAAAUUCAAAUAAACUAUACAUUUUUAUAAUAUUUGUGCCAAAUUCUUUUGCAAAUAGUCUGAUUGAGUGUAAAUUACUUAAGCUUGAAAAUCUUAUAAUGAAAUGUAUAAAUAUUUUUUUUGUAUAAAGUAAUUGUAAAUUUUUUAAAUUAUUCAUUGAUGGCAAUUAUAUUUUUAUGAUUAUUUAUUAACACAACAAUAUAUUCUUUAAUAUUUAUAUUGUAAAAAUCUCAUUUUAUGUUUAACAAUUUAAUUAUUUUUUAUAUUAAGAUAUAUUUUGUCGAAAUUCAAAAUUGCUAAAAUAUUUUAUUAAUUAUUUGCAAAAAGAAAAAUAACUUUUAUAAUUAGUUAUUUUGUAGCUAAAAAAUACUUUUUAUUUUUGGCUGAGCAUCUUGUGUGAAUAUUUUUUUAGUUUUCUUGGUUAUUAUUACUAAUUUUUUGUUGUUAGAUGAUAUUGUAAUCUCCUUAUUAUUAAGUUAAAAUUUCUAAUUAUAUACACAGUGUGUAUAUGUUUUAAAAUAAAUUCUUGAUAUUGAUUAAUUUUAAUUAUAUUUUAGUAUUAUUUGACUUGUAUGCAGUUAGACCUGAAUGUGUAAUUAAUAAGUGGUUUAAUUUUAAAAUACUUACCAAUAGUAGGAUGCGUCAGUAAAGUAUUGAAUGUAUAUAUAAAUGAGCUUAAUAUAUUUUUAUUAAGCAUUUUUUUAUUAUCAUGUUUUAUAUUUUUUUCUCUUAUUACUUAAAUUGAUAUUAUUAAAAGAGAAAUUUUUGUCCAAUUACCCUUAAAAAUGACUCCACUUUAGAAAUUAUUAUCUGUUGAUUAUUAAAUAAAAUAUUUUUCAUGUUUAGUGUUAAAAUAGAAAAAUUUUAUUCGUUUA